CAUUUGCAACGGGCCAUCUCAGCACAGCAGGUUUUCAGAGAAAAGAAAGAGAGCAUGGUUAUCCCCGUCCCCGAAGCGGAGAGCAACGUCAACUACUACAAUCGUUUGUAUAAAGGAGAGUUUAAGCAACCAAAGCAGUUCAUACACAUCCAACCCUUUAAUCUGGACAACGAGCAGCCAGAUUACGACAUGGACUCUGAGGAUGAGACCUUGCUGAACAGACUGAACAGGAAGAUGGAAAUUAAGCCGCUGCAGUUCGAAAUCAUGGUGGACAGACUUGAAAAAGCCAGUUCUAGUCAGCUUGUAACACUUCAGGAAGCUAAGCUGCUGCUAAAUGAGGAUGACUACCUUAUUAAGGCUGUGUAUGACUACUGGGUGAGAAAGCGCAAGAACUGCAGAGGGCCGUCUCUGAUCCCCCAGAUCAAGCAGGAGAAGAGGGAUGGCUCCACCAACAACGACCCCUACGUUGCCUUCCGGAGGAGAACUGAGAAGAUGCAGACAAGAAAGAACCGAAAGAAUGAUGAAGCGUCUUAUGAGAAGAUGUUGAAGUUAAGAAGAGAGUUCAGCAGAGCCAUAACAAUCUUGGAGAUGAUCAAGAGAAGAGAGAAAACAAAGCGCGAGCUGUUGCAUCUAACGUUAGAAGUUGUUGAGAAAAGGUAUCAUUUGGGUGAUUAUGGAGGUGAAAUUCUGAAUGAAGUGAAGCUUAAUAGACCUGAAAAAGAGAUGAGCACAACUCCAUCCACUCUUCACAAUGGAAACCAUCACAAAGUUCAAGAAUGUAAAGUUAAGCAUCCUCACCAUUCCUCUCUGAAGGAGGAUGUGUCAGAUGUCGUACGCCAGAAGAAGAAGUACCUGAAGAAGCCUAAAAUGGAGUGUGUGGUAACUCCUCAGCCCUCGGCCGAGCCCUUGCCCAUGAUCAGCAAGAGUGACAUCAAACAGUACGACUUCCACAGCUCGGAUGAGGAUGAGUUCCCACAGGUACCCUCACCGGUGUCGGAGGCAGAAGAAGAAAAUGAUCCUGAUGGACCCUGUGCCUUCAGGAGGAGAGCAGGAUGCCAGUAUUACGCUCCUCGUUUGGACCAAACUAAUUCUUCCUAUGAAAACUCAGAAUUGGCAGAAUUGGACAAACUGAGGUUCAGGCAUUGCCUUACAACCCUUACAAUUCCCAGGAGGUGUAUAGGGUUCGCAAGGAGACGGAUUGGCAGGGGUGGCAGGGUUAUAAUGGACCGAAUAUCCACAGAACACGAUCCUGUCUUGAGACAGAUAGACCCGGAAAUGCUGAACAGUUCUUCAAGCUCUUCCCAGACUUUAGACUUUUCUUCUAAUUUUUCACGGACCAAUGCUUCCAGUAGACGUUGUGAAAACAGACUGUCCCUUUCUGAAAUCCUAAGCAAUAUCAGAUCAUGUCGACUGCAGUGUUUUCAGCCAAGGCUGCUAAAUCUACAGGACAGCGAUAGCGAAGAAUGUACCUCAAGGAAACCAGGGCAGACUGUGAAUAAUAAAAGAGUCUCGGCAGCAUCUGUAGCUUUAUUGAACACCAGCAAGAACGGCAUAUCAGUAACAGGGGGUAUCACAGAGGAGCAGUUCCAGACGCACCAACAGCAGCUAGUUCAAAUGCAGAGGCAACAACUUGCUCAGCUCCAGCAGAAGCAGCAAUCUCAGCAUUCCUCCCAGCAGACCCAUCCGAAAGCACAGGGCUCCAGCACCUCUGACUGUAUGUCCAAAACCCUGGACUCGGCCAGCGCCCACUUUGCAGCGUCUGCCGUGGUGAGCGCCCCGGCCCCCGGCCGCAGCGAGGCCACCAAGGAGCAGAGCACCAGCCACAGCAGCAUCAACGGGGUCAUCCAGCCUUCAGGAACCUCUAGAACUUUGUACUCCACCAACAUGGCUUUAUCAUCCAGCCCAGGGAUUUCAACUGUACAGCUUGUAAGGACAGUCGGCCACACCACCACAAACCACUUGAUCCCAGCCUUGUGCACGAGCAGCCCGCAGACGCUGCCCAUGAACAAUUCCUGCCUGCCCAGCGCCGUGCACCUCAACAACGUCAGCGUUGUUUCUCCAGUCAAUGUGCACAUCAACACAAGGACUUCAGCACCAUCGCCAACAGCCUUAAAACUCGCCACCGUCGCUGCCAGCAUGGACAGGGUGCCAAAGGUAACUCCUAGCAGUGCCAUCAGCAGUAUAGCCAGAGAGAACCACGAGCCAGAGCGGCUGGGGCUGAACGGCCUGGCGGAGACCACAGUGGCCAUGGAGGUGACAUAACCUCGGGGCCCAGCCUCGGCCUUCCUUCCAGCUGGAUGCAACCUGCAGCACUCUGUGGGGCACAGAGAACUCAAAUGGACCUAAAUGGACUAUCCUUAUAUCGUGUAUUGAGUCGAUAUAUAAUGUAAAUUUUGUAAAAUUGGGAAAAUCACUACCUUGUAAAAUAGUUUUAUUUGUAUCAUCAAUAUUAUUUCUGUUACUUGAAUAGUAGAUAUUCAUCAUCAUGCUUUUGCACUUGAAUUUGCAACUGAAUGGAUUAAAAAAUAAUUCUUCAAUGGGAUCAUGAGCAUGAAAUGGGAUCCUGCAUCACUUGUUUUAACUAUUUAUUUUGCCAUGUUUACAUUUUGUAUCUUGUACAAAUAAAUCCAACUUUGUGUCUAAAAAAAAAAAAAGUUAAAGAUUCAUAGCUAGAAGACAAAAUUCUUGUAAUUUUUUUCUAAAGGAAAUGUAAAGUUUUCACUUGGUUCAUUUUGUUUCACAAUUUGACUAGAUGGACUUUUUGGUAAAUACUUUAGUGGCAUUUCACUGUCAAAUAUGAAGUUCAAGGCAAAAUAGUAUUUUAUAUUACUGUGCAGGGGAAAGGGAUGGAUCGAUACAUGCAAAUUUAAUGUAGUAACUCACUUUUCCAUAUAUUUUGAAUGUAUAUUUCUAUUUAUAAUACCAGUUUAUAAAAAAUAAUUACACAGGAAAAAA